AUGGAGUCAGCAGCUUCGAGCGCAGGACCGAGGAAUGAUCUAUUCGACAUACCCUACGAUCCUAUAAGCGAGACUAUCUACGGUUACUCGGAGCAGCAACAACCACUACUACUCGAGGUGAUCUGCAACGGGCGACGCUUCCAGGCACUGGUAGACAGCGGUGCAUCUCACUCGGUGUGCGACCGCGGGACGUUGGAGAAAAUUGGAGAACCUUCGGAGGAGACCAAGUUCAUGGCAACAAUGGUGGACGGUACAAAACUUCCCAUCCACGGCGAAGCAUCACUGCAACUGCACAUAGGGGCGCUGAGGUGGAAGCCGACGUUGCCGAUCACGAAUAUCAAGGGCUUAGAUUUCAUCUUGGGGCGAGAUUUCUUGAAGCGGUUCAACCCCGAGAUCGACUGGGUCAACAGGAAGGCGUGCAUCUACAACAACGGGAAACGGGUGGAGCUGCGAAGCUGGACGGAUACAGGGAGCAUUCCUGAAACGACACUGGCACGGUUCGAACAGACGGUGAACGAGAGUAACACGGGUUACCUAGCACUGGUUAUGGCAGCAGCAGAGGAGGAGAAGCCGAGUUUGGAGCUACCUGCAGCAGUGAAGGAGGUCUUGGAGCAGUACAAGGAUAUAAUGCCCGACGACCUACCUGCAGGCAUACCCCCUGCACGCACCCACGAACACGAGAUCAUGGAGGAACCAGCAACGUUUCAGGCGGAGAUGAAUCACAUCUUACGGCCCCUGCUGGACGAGUGCGUGGUGGUGUACGUGGACGAUAUUCUCAUCUACUCCAAGAACAUGAAGGAGCACGUGGAGCAUCUGCGGAAGGUGUUCGAGAUCCUGCGGAAGAACAAGUUCUACGUGAAGCUGUCAAAGAGCGACUUCGCCCUGAAGAAGGUGCAGUUUCUCGGGCACAUGGUGAGUGCCGAGGGCGUACACGUGGACCCGCGGAAGAUCGAAGCCGUCAAAAAGUGGAAAGUACUGGAGAACGUGAAGGAGUUGCAGCAGCUCCUAGGCUUCGCCAACUACUACAACAGGUUUGUGCCACAGUACGCUAAGAUUGCAGCGCCACUGACCGACCUACUGAAAAAGGAUACACCCUUCAAAUGGGAUACUCCUCAUCAGCAAGCCAUGGAGCAGCUACAGACCGCACUGACCACAGCCCCGGCACUCAUCCUACCAGACCCUGAGAAGGACUACGUAGUUGAAGCAGACGCUAGUGACCAAGCAGUCAGAGCAGUACUGAUGCAGGAUCACAGACGCGGUUUACAGCCUAUCGCCUACCUCAGUAAGAAGCUACACGGAGCAGAACUGAACUACCCCAUUCACGACAAGGAAGCCUUAGCGAUAGUCAUAGCCUUCAAAGCGUGGAGGUGUUACUUAGAGGGAGCCAAGACUACAGUCUAUACUGACCACUGCAGUCUCAAAUACCUGAAGUCGUAG